CUUGCAAUCUGAGCAAAUCGAGUUCCUUAAUUCUUAUCAAUCGUUUACUGAUUUUAUCACUUUCCCCAGUGUUCAACACAGUUAAAUUCCGUCAUAGAUUAAUUUGUUUGCUAUUAAAUAUUGCUUGGACUGCGUCUACCUAUGCCAAGUCGAUCCUUCUUUUCUUGGAGAGUCUUGAAAGGCAAAAAGUCCGGAUUUACAGAUUUGAAAUCCGUAAAUCCAGUCAUCACUGUCAGCAACUCAUAUUAAUUUUAUUCUUCGCUACUGAAGCUCACACUGAGAACUGCGCGAUGCUUAUAUACCCUCACGAGACACGUCAGGUCUUUGCGUGGAACGCUGUCGACGUUCUCAUCGACGGCGGCCAGCUGCAGCACGGCGAAGUGAUCAACGUGGUGCAGGGCGGUCUAAUCGUCGAUUUCCAGUGUGUCGAACAGCGCGCACAGUUCGUCGAAUACGGGAACGUUUUCCACAGCGACAAGAGCUCCACGCACGACGGAGAGGACGCCGAGGUUUUGCUGCGGCGUCAUCCCGACGGCGCAUGGAUCUGGUAUCCGGGGAAGCUCCUCGAACAUCCGCUGCGAGACUGGUAUCAAGAUGCUUUGUUCGUGGAAGUACAACGGCCGCAUGGCAUCCCCAUCCGUGAUCUGGUCCCCUGGGAGCAAGUACGCGCACCAUCCUCGAUCGCCGCUCUGGAAAAGCGGCGCGUGGGGGAGGAGCAUUUCGUCAUACGUUGUUAUGCGUUGUCCGAGGAAUAUUUGGCUAGCGGCACCCCGCGGUGGAGGGAGAUCUUUCUGUACCGACUGCAACGUCUGUGCGAGGUGGUCUGCACGUCCGUUUCCAGCCAGAGGCUCCUAUAUCUGCAGCGUCAAAAGCACCAGCCCUUGGACGUUCAACAUGUGAAAAACGCUUACUAUGAGGCGAGAAACUUGGAGAAGGAAGGCAGCUUACUUGGGACAUCGCAAUGGAUUAUGCGGAUUGCCACGGAUAGCGCAUGCAGUGAGAAACCACGGACCGGUGGCCGAGACAAUGAUGAUGAAGUCGGACUGUCGCUGCCGCCUGAGCUACUGGCGGAAGUCUUCCAGUCGCUGGACUCCAUCGAGCGCAUCCGCUGUCGGCGUGUCUGUUCACUGUGGAGCAUUCUCCUCAUCUCGCCAGCCUACUUUCAUGUUGUUCGCGUCUCAGGCGACGUCGAGCAUUACGGAAAGAAGCUGCAUUUCGUUAUGGAGAACAUAGACCGCGUUUACUGGAUCGUGGCGUGCUUCUUGAAAUGCUUGAACAGCACCACGCAGAGACUUGUGCUGACCGAUCUGGACGCUAUACAAUGCACCGAGGUGGCUAAAAUGAUCAAAGAAAUGCCCGAAACCACGCCGGUCCCGGCGUUAAUUUUUUUCAACUGCAGUUUCGGUUAGAAGAAAUUUCUGGUCCAGGACGUUAUUAACGGGGUGGCGGGUAUUCUGGCGCGAUUGUCGAAAUGCGGCGGUGUGGUGUGGAGAGAGUGCAGCCUUAACGAUCACAACCUGCGAGUAGCGAUAGCACACCAUGCCUUCAACGACCUCACGGUGGAGCCGAAGAUGAAGUUGCUGUUGUGGAACCUUUUCGAAAGCAAUCUAGUCCUCACUAAGCCGAUUAAUCGCCCGGCACUAGCGAAAGCGAUUGCCGAAUGCAUCGCGCAGCAUCGUUUCGAUCAGCCGGGUCUCAAUGAACUCGAACACCAAAUUGUGAAGGGCCUGCAUCGAUACCAGAGUGUGGAUCCGCGUUCGUCUACUCACUACCGCAAGCGGAAUUGGACGGCAUCCACGGUCUCCCAACUGGACGUCAACAAGCUGACCACGCUGACAACGGCGGCCUUGAGUGAAGGCGUUGAUAUAAUUCCGGACUGGAGACUGCGGGCAUAUGGCGGCUGCUGUCCGUAUUCGACUCAGUUUGAUAUUGACCAUUUAUCCUUUGCGUACAAUUAAUAACGCAGGCGAUUAAUGCUACAGGAUGCGCAUCUUCCUGGCAGCCUGAUCUGCUUGUAUGCAAAAUUAAGUGGCGGAACUGGAAGAUUUCACAUGGUUCAAAUCUGAUAACUUCUGGCUGCGGUAAACUUUGUAGUAAAAAUGUCUUACACUGUGGUUCCUGCAUUACCGGUAUACGAUGUCGGAAAGCGAAAUCCUAUCUUUCCAUUCUCCGAUUUUGUCAAGAGUCGUUUCUGUUCU